UUUGCACAGGAUCCAAGCUACUGGAUACAGGUGCAUCGACUGGAACAUGGAGAUGGAGGAAUACUGGAUCUCGAUGACAUUCUCUGUGAUGUAGCAGAUGAUAAAGACAGACUGGUAGCGGUGUUUGAUGAGCAAGAUCCACAUCAUGGAGGUGAUGGCACCAGUGCCAGCUCCACAGGCACCCAGAGUCCAGAGAUAUUUGGCAGUGAUCUUGGCACCAACAAUGUCUCAGCCUUUCAGCCUUACCAAGCAACAAGUGAAAUUGAGGUCACACCUUCAGUCCUUCGUGCAAAUAUGCCUCUUCAUGUCCGACGAAGCAGUGACCCAGCUUUAGUUGGCCUCUCAACUUCUGUCAGUGAUAGCAAUUUUUCCUCUGAAGAGCCUUCACGAAAAAACCCCACACGCUGGUCUACAACAGCGGGCUUCCUCAAGCAGAACACUGCCGGUAGCCCUAAAGCCUGUGAUAGGAAGAAAGAUGAAAACUACAGAAGUCUUCCACGGGAUACCAGUAACUGGUCAAACCAGUUUCAGAGAGAUAAUGCUCGCUCAUCUCUGAGUGCCAGUCACCCGAUGGUGGACAAGUGGCUGGAGAAGCAAGAACAGGAUGAGGAUGGGACAGAAGAAGACAACAGCCGUGUUGAACCUGUUGGACAUGCUGACACUGGUUUGGAAAGCAUACCCAGCUUUUCUCUGGAUGAUAUGGUAAAGCUCGUACACGUCCCCAACGAUGGAGGGCCUCUGGGAAUCCAUGUAGUGCCUUUCAGUGCUCGAGGCGGCAGAACCCUGGGGUUAUUAGUAAAACGAUUGGAGAAAGGUGGUAAAGCUGAACAAGAAAACCUUUUUCAUGAAAAUGAUUGCAUUGUCAGGAUUAAUGAUGGCGACCUUCGAAACAGAAGAUUUGAACAAGCACAACAUAUGUUUCGCCAAGCCAUGCGUACACCCAUCAUUUGGUUCCAUGUGGUUCCUGCAGCAAAUAAAGAGCAGUAUGAACAACUCUCCCAAAGUGAGAAGAACAAUUACUAUUCAAGCCGCUUUAGCCCUGACAGCCAGUAUAUUGAUAACAGGAGCGUGAACAGUGCAGGGCUCCAGGCACUGCAGAGAGUGCCCAGACUGCCCCACCCGGCCGAGCAGAUCGAUGCUCACCCACGACUACCUCAGAGCACACAGCCCACCGGAAAACCGCCGUCAGCACCAGCCCCACAAAAUUCAUUUAGUACAAAUGUAAGCAGUGGUUAUAAUACCAAAAAAAUAGGCAAGAGGCUUAAUAUCCAGCUUAAGAAAGGUACAGAAGGUUUGGGAUUCAGCAUCACUUCCAGAGAUGUAACAAUAGGUGGCUCAGCUCCAAUUUAUGUGAAAAACAUCCUUCCCAGAGGAGCUGCCAUCCAGGAUGGCCGACUUAAGGCAGGAGAUCGACUUAUAGAGGUAAAUGGCGUAGAUUUAGCAGGCAAAUCCCAAGAGGAAGUUGUUUCCCUGUUGAGAAGUACCAAGAUGGAAGGGACUGUGAGCCUUUUGGUCUUUCGCCAAGAAGAUGCCUUCCACCCAAGGGAACUGAAUGCAGAGCCAAGCCAGAUGCAGAUUCCAAAAGAAACGAAAGCAGAAGAUGAGGAUGUUGUUCUCACACCUGAUGGCACCAGGGAAUUUCUGACAUUUGAAGUUCCACUAAAUGAUUCUGGAUCAGCCGGUCUUGGUGUCAGUGUCAAAGGUAACCGGUCAAAGGAGAACCAUGCGGAUUUGGGAAUCUUUGUCAAGUCCAUUAUUAAUGGAGGAGCAGCAUCUAAAGAUGGAAGGCUUCGGGUGAAUGAUCAGCUGAUAGCAGUGAAUGGAGAGUCCCUGUUGGGCAAGACAAACCAGGACGCCAUGGAAACCCUCAGACGGUCCAUGUCCACCGAAGGGAAUAAGCGAGGAAUGAUCCAGCUCAUUGUUGCAAGGCGAAUAAGCAAAUGCAAUGAGCUGAAGUCACCUGGGAGCCCCUCUGGACCUGAGCUGCCCAUUGAAACAGUGUUGGAUGACAGAGAACGAAGAAUUUCCCAUUCCCUUUACAGUGGGAUUGAGGGACUCGAUGAAUCACCCACAAGAAAUGCUGCACUCAGUAGGAUAAUGGGUAAAUACCAGCUAUCCCCCACAGUGAAUAUGCCCCAAGAUGACACUGUCAUUAUUGAAGAUGACAGAUUGCCCAUGCCUCCUCCACAUCUCUCUGACCAGUCGUCUUCCAGCUCGCACGAUGACGUGGGGUUCGUGCCGACAGACCCCGGCCCCUGGGCUAAGGCUGAAGUCAGUGAUUCAGCAGAUUGCUCUUUGAGUCCAGAUGUUGAUCCAGCUCUUGCUUUUCAACGAGAAGGAUUUGGACGCCAGAGUAUGUCAGAAAAACGCACAAAGCAAUUUUCAGAUGCCAGUCAAUUGGAUUUCGUUAAAACACGAAAAUCAAAAAGCAUGGAUUUAGGUAUAGCUGACGAGACUAAACUCAGUACAGUGGAUGACCAGAAAGCAGGUUCCCCCAGCAGAGAUGUGGGACCUUCCCUGGGUCUGAAGAAGUCAAGCUCAUUGGAGAGUUUGCAGACAGCAGUCGCCGAGGUGACUUUGAACGGGGACAUUCCUUUCCAUCGCCCACGACCGCGGAUAAUCAGAGGAAGGGGAUGCAAUGAAAGCUUCAGGGCUGCCAUCGACAAGUCUUACGAUAAACCCACAGUAGAUGACGAUGACGAAGGCAUGGAAACAUUGGAAGAAGACACAGAAGAAAGUUCAAGAUCAGGGAGAGAGUCCGUGUCCACAGCCAGUGACCAGCCUUCACAUUCUCUGGAGAGGCAAAUAAAUGGAAACCAAGAGAAAGGUGAUAAGACUGGGAGAAAGGAUAAAACUGGAAAAGAGAAGAAGAAAGACAGAGAUAAGGAAAAGGAUAAAAUGAAAGCCAAGAAGGGGAUGCUGAAGGGCCUGGGAGACAUGUUCAGGUUUGGCAAACAUCGAAAAGAUGACAAGAUUGAGAAAACGGGUAAAAUAAAAAUACAGGACUCCCUUACAUCAGAAGAGGAGAGAAUACGAAUGAAGCAGGAGCAGGAGAGGAUUCAAGCCAAAACUCGAGAAUUUAGAGAGCAACAAGCUCGAGAACGUGACUAUGCUGAAAUCCAAGAUUUUCAUCGGACGUUUGGCUGUGAUGAUGAGUUGAUGUACGGGGGAAUUUCUUCCUAUGAGGGUUCCAUUGCUCUCAAUGCCAGACCCCAGAGCCCAAGAGAAGGACAUAUGAUGGAUGCUUUGUAUGCCCAAGUGAAGAAGCCACGGAAUUCCAAACCUUCACCUGUAGACAGCAACAGAUCAACUCCUAGCAACCAUGAUCGGAUACAGCGUCUACGGCAAGAAUUCCAGCAAGCAAAGCAGGAUGAAGAUGUAGAAGAUCGGAGACGUACCUACAGCUUUGAACAACCGUGGCCUAACUCCAGACCGGCGGCGCAGAGCGGCAGGCACUCGGUGUCCGUGGAGGUGCAGAUGCAGCGCCAGCGGCAGGAGGAGCGCGAGAGCUUCCCGCAGGCCCAGCGCCAGUACAGCUCUCUGCCCCGGCAAAGCAGGAAAAACGCCAGCUCUGUCUCCCAGGAUUCUUGGGAGCAGAACUACGCCCCGGGGGAAGGCUUCCAGAGUGCCAAGGAGAACCCCAGGUACUCCAGCUACCAGGGCUCCAGAAACGGCUACCUGGGUGGGCACGGCUUCAACGCCAGGGUGAUGCUGGAGACUCAGGAGCUCCUUCGCCAGGAGCAGAGGCGAAAAGAGCAACAGAUGAAGAAGCAGCCCCCUCCUCCUCCCGAGGGGCUCAACAACUAUGACUCGUAUAAGAAAGUGCAGGACCCCACUUACAGUGCUCCCAAGGGGCCCUUCCGGCAGGACGUGCCCCCGUCCCCCUCUCAGGUCGCUAGGCUGAACAGACUGCAGACUCCUGAGAAAGGGAGGCCCUUCUAUUCCUGAGCAGGAGAAGAGUGGAUGCUUCACAUCAUGCAAUAAAGGACAUCUUCCUAUGAA